CGCCGAAAUCGUGUCGUUCUGGGCAGCAAACAGGACCAAAAAAAAAAAAAUAGCGGCAGAAAAUAGUUUUGCAUGCACGCAACUUCUCGCUGUUUCUCGAACAUUCGCACUGUUUUAGCUGGGAUACGGAUAAAAUAUCCAUUCAUUUUGAUACAGAGUGAAGAAACCCAUUGAUUCAGGUAUCCGAGCGUGUAUCGCCCGCUUACCAUAAACGGUAAAAAUCUUGCCCUGAAAAACACGGAGGAGAAGUUACAAGAAGAAAAAAAACUAUGACCAAGGUGGUCUGCUACAACAGAGGAUGUGGUCAAAGUUUUGACCCACAAAACAAUACUGAAGAUUGCGUUCACCAUCCGGGAGUGCCAUUUUUCCACGAUGCCUACAAAGGAUGGACGUGCUGCAACAAGAAAAGUGUGGACUUUACCGAGUUCCUCAAUAUCAAGGGCUGUACGCAGGGACUGCAUUCGAACGAGAAGCCACCGGAGCCGGAAAAGCGCAAAGAGGACACCGUACUGGCGGAAGAACCGGCCCCGACAGAGGUGAAAAUACGAGAACCGAUACGCCCGUCCAAGGAGCGUCCACCGUUCGAGACAGCUUUAACCUCGCUCGAUCCGUGGGUGGCGCCGGCUUUCCGUAAGCAGAUUGACGAAAUGCCCCUGACCGCCGUGAAGAGAAAGAGCCCCACCGAUGCGGCCGCCAUUGAAGCUGGCACCGUGUGCAAGCACGGCGGAUGCAGCUGCACGUACGAGGACGCCAAGACGAGCGACAAGCCGUGCGUGUACCAUCCGGGCGUGCCGAUCUUUCACGAGGGCAUGAAGUUUUGGUCCUGCUGUCAGCGAAAAACGUCCGAUUUCACCGCGUUCAUGAACCAGGCCGGUUGCGAGACGGGCAAACACCUGUGGGUCAGCGAGGAGGACGAGUCGAAAGCGAUCAAGUGCCGGUUGGAUUGGCACCAAACGGCCACCACCGUGGUGGUUACGGUGUACGCAAAGAACUACCAUUACGCGAAAAGCUACGUGCGCGUGAAUCCGAUUCGAUUAGCGAUUUGUUUGGUGUUCCCCCAGCAGGAUGGAAACCAGUACAAUGUGGACAUGGAGCUGCGCGGGGUCAUCGAUGUCACACAGUGUAAGGUGCAGAUGUUCGGUACGAAAGUGGAAAUAACGCUGAUUAAAGCGGAACCUGGCACGUGGGCGAAGUUGGAUUUCCCGCGCGAAAAGAAGGCCGAGCAGCAGAAGGAAGAUGCGAACAAGCAGGCCAGCACCAAAAAUGCCGACGACAGUGACUCGGACGUGGAUUUGGACGACCUCGAGCCCACGAUGCGCACGGCUACGAUUACGGAAAUUAAGGACUAAACACACAGACGGAAGCUUCUCUAGCACAGCGAUCGAUUCCUUGUCCCGUGGUGGGGGGAGGCCCUUCCCAACCGAACCGUACAAUAAACCUCAAACAGACCCCGUAAGGUAU